AAAAUUAAAUGACGUUGAUCUGACAAGCCGAGUAACCGGAGCUUAAUCAGUUUCUGAUUGGCGCUCAUUGGCGCAAGCCCCGUCAGCGUCGUGGCACCAGUCGUCGGUUCAAGUUUUCAAAAGGGGAUCUCGCACUGAUUUUAUUGUCUAAUCGGCGAUGAACAUUUUGAGAAAAUUACGACGCUUUGAUGCGUAUCCAAAGACACUUGAGGAUUACAGUGUGAAGACGUUCGGCGGCGCUAUCGUGACAAUAAUAAGUACAAUUAUCAUGACUGCGCUCUUUAUAGGCGAAGUAAGAGAUUACCUAACUCCGAGCUUAAAAGAGGAACUCUUUGUGGAUACUUCUAGAGGAUCUAAAUUACGAAUAAAUCUUGAUAUUAUCGUGUCGUCCAUCUCUUGUGACUUAUUAUCAUUAGAUGCUAUGGACACUAUGGGGGAACAGCAUUUGCACAUAGAACAUAAUAUUUAUAAAAGGCGACUGAACUUAAAUGGAAAUCCCAUUGAAGAUCCUAAAAAAACUGAUAUAAAAGACCAUACAAAUACAAUGAAACCAACUCAGACUGUAGAAAAUGCUACUGAAAAGACAUGUGGUGACUGCUAUGGAGCAGCAAACGAAUCGCAUGGAAUUCUAUGCUGUAACACAUGCGAGGAUGUAAAAGAGGCAUAUCGAAUGAGGAAGUGGGCAACUCCAGAUUUGUCGCUGUUUAAACAAUGUCAACACGACAAAUCAGUAGAGAAGAUAAAGAAUGCUUUCACGGAAGGCUGUCAAAUCUAUGGAUAUAUGGAAGUCAAUCGAAUCGGUGGAAGCUUUCAUAUCGCACCAGGAGACAGUUUUUCAGUCAGUCAUGUACACGUACACGACGUUCAGCCAUACUCGUCAUACCAAUUUAACAUGACCCACAAGAUUCGACAUCUUAGUUUUGGCCUGAAUAUUCCAGGCAAGACAAAUCCGAUGGAUGACACAACAGUCGUCGCUUCAGAAGGUGCAAUGAUGUUCCAGUAUUACAUAAAGAUUGUUCCGACAACCUAUGUACGUUCAGAUGGGUCUACAUUGUUAACGAAUCAGUUCUCUGUGACAAGACACUACAGGCCUGUUUCGUUGUUCUCAGCAGAGCCUGGAAUGGCAGGAUUGUUCUUCAGUUACGAACUAAGUCCACUGAUGGUCAAAUAUACAGAGACCAAAAAGUCCUUCGAGCAUUUUGCCACAAAUGUCUGUGCAAUUAUAGGCGGAGUAUUCACAGUCGCUGGACUUUUCGAUACUUUCCUCUACCACUCUAGUCGAGUGAUACAGAAGAAAGAGGAGUUAGGGAAAUUUAGUUAGGACCUUGUUUCUUCUAGCAGCGCGUAUUAACAGGUAGAUCUACCUAAAAUCCAUUGGCUACAAAGGUGUCUUCGAGUGCUUGCAAAACUUUGUAACUUAUGCAGAGUGAAUACGAACAAUGUGAGUGCGAUUACAAAGUGAAUCUAAUGAAUUAAUCAUUGAGCCAGUGAUAAGUUUUAAUGAACUCUUUAGAGUUCCUCUAUGCUUUGGAAGAAGUACAUUUUCCAGCAAAGUUUUUGGUUCCCAAGAACUUGUAAGAUAUUCAUGCCUUGCAUACCGAAGACUGUGGAAAUCUAUAAGAAUUAAACAUUUUUAUCACCUAAGAGAACACGGUAUUGACGUUUCAUUUUGUAAGAUACACUUUAAUUUGACUGGAGAUCUGAAUAUAAUUUUAUUAGAAUUUAUCUCAAUUAAAUGAAUAUGUGUAUUACGCAGGCGAAUGGACAUUACAAGUACGUGCAAAUGUAAAUUAAAUAAGGAAACCAUGGUUGUUGUAAUAAAAAAAAAAAGAAGUUGGAUCUUAAA